CGCGCGCCGAUCUGCCGCGCGUUUCGAACGUGUACCAUGAAGUGGUGAAGUGUAGUGCUGUGAUAAUAGACCGUGAGUGAUAAAACAUGAGGUCCUUCUGCGCAGUCGCGCUGCUCGCCCUAGUUGUAACAGAAUGCCUUGGCGCCCAGUCAGAUCGUUCGAGGCAGCGCUCCAGUCCCAUCCGCAGUGUGCCGGUCGCAGCCGACAUCAAACGGGACGUUGACUUCGACUGUCCCGAAGAGUUUGGCUACUACCCCCACCCCUCCGAUUGUACGCUGUACUACGUAUGCGUGUUUGGCGGCGCCUUGCUCGAGUCUUGUACUGGUGGCCUUAUGUACAGCCACGAGCUCCAAACGUGUGAUUGGCCGCGAAACGUAGGCUGUGAUGGCACUAGUGUGUUAGUAGCUGAGGAUGUCGAGCGCAUCAGCGAAAGGGAACCCCCGCCACCCCCGCCUCCGCGACGCACACCACCCCCACCACCACCACCUAGAGCACAGCCUAAUCCGAUUGUCACUUCAAGAGGACAGCCUAAAUUCAAUCGUGAUGAAUACGAAAAACAGCAACAAUUAUAUGCUGAAGUCGAUGAUUUACCGCCGGUCGAAGAAAUUGAAAACGAUAGGCAGCAACGUGUAAAUAGAGGACAACCUCCUACGAUUGGACAGGUUCAGAAAGAUAGAGAUGGCUAUUUGCCUCAAGGCGUUAGCUCUGGCAGAACGCUAAAUUCAAAUAUAAUACCAGCUUCGAUACCCCAGAGUAGUGGUAAAAUAGGUUCUUUCUCUUUUGGAACUCAAGUUGAUGACAGACGAGCCACUGUAGUUACCCAGGCUCCUCAAGCUUACAGUGAAGACAAACGAGUUAACGUGACUGACUUUCUUCAUGACAGACAACUCGACAUUGAGACAAAUGAAAUCAACGUUGAUGACACAAAAAAACAAUUAGUUGUUAGAAAAAAAAGAGACUUAAGUGAAACGGAAAUAGGCACACAAGAAAAAAAUUUAACCAGCGUUGAUAAAUUAUUAUCUAAAAGAAGUGAUCAUGACGAAGAGGCAGAGUUUUCACUUCAUAGCGACGAUGAUACAGAAGAUAGUGAAAGAGGAAAAAGACAAAUUAGAUAUUAUGUCAAAAAUGGAUAUAGUAAACCUACUAAGAAUUGGGUUGUUGCAAAACCAAUCAAAUUAGUUAAUAUUCCUCAGUAUAGUUAUAAUCAACAAAAUAAUCAAGGAACUCGAUACUCUUCUAAUUAUAAUGGUUUGAGUAGUAAUAAGUUUUAUGAUUCCAAUAGGAAUCCUUAUGUAGAAGACAAUUCAUAUGCGCCAUCACAAGUUGAUACAUUUUCACAUUAUCAGUUCGAUGCAGAAUCUCGUAGACCUUUUAAACCUAGUUUACCUGAUCCUUCAAACUCAAAAUAUGUACAUAAUCCUGCAAAUGUAGCCACCCAGAUAAUAACAAAAAGUCCCCCAAUAUCAUCAUUAAAUAAUAAUGAAAAUCCAUUUGCCUCGUUGGCUGGCGGAUUUUAUAAUAAUGCACCAAAACAAACUCCUUUACAAAACGUAUCUCCUACAAAUCGUCCUAAUUAUUCAGUUCUAUUCUCUGAUGCAUCCAACCUACCCAGUACGAUAGUAACUGCUAAGCCUGUUCCAAUAGGCUCUUCACCGCGUCCAAAUGAUGAAUAUAAAUCAAAGUUUGAAAACGGUCAACAUAUUCAAAAAGAUAUAAAACCUCAUACAAAACAAAUGACACGACGUCCCCCUGUCAAGGAGGAUGAUUAUAAAGAUCGAGAUAAUUCUAGUGAAUAUGAAGAUUCUGAUGAGUCAUCCGAAGAUGAUUCCCGAGAAGAAAAUGAAAAGAAUGAUGAAUUCGAACACGAUUUUCCUGAACCACCAUAUGAAUUUACUCAUCCAAAAUAUAAAUAUAGUGAAAUUGAAAACCCCUUUGCUAAUCCUAAUUUUGAUUUUGAUGAAUUUUUAUCAAAAUUAAGUAAUGGGCAAUAUUCUCCGUCAACGACACAAAAAUAUAAAAAUGUUCAAAUGGCAGCUAUAAGAGCUACAGAUUCUCCAACUCAGUCAACUACAGCAUCAUCAAAAACUGUAUACCGUACGUCUACUUUAAAUUAUAACGGUAUGAGUUCUCCGAAACCAUUCACUGUUCCUGUUGGUCAAGUAAAUUCUGCGAAUCCAUCCAAUAUAUUACGACAAACUGAUCGUCCAUCUCAAUCAGGUCAUUGGAUUCAAAUACCACAAUCUAGUCAAAAUCUUGAUAUCAAACAAAAAGAUCAACAAUCACAAACUCAAAAUAUUCGUAUACUACCACCAGACACUCCUGGAAUACCACUGGAAGCGGUAAAAUCAAACUUAAGACAAUCUAAUUUUAAAGACGAAAGAAGAUUAUCAAUUAAUCCAAACUUUAAUAGGUUCACGGUUAGUACUCCAGCAUAUGAGGAAAUAAAGUUAAAAGGAAAUCACCAAAGAAUCGUAUCCAUAUCACAGAAUCCAUAUGCAGUAUCAACUGCUUCACCUAUAAUAUUAUCAACACCAAAACAACAGUACCUAGUCAAACCUGAAAAAAUAAUAUCUCUUCAGCCACAUUUAAUUGCCACUGGAAAACCUUACUUGAUUUCCACAGUGAAACCUCAUAAUGCUUAUGCCGCUUAUAAGCAUUCCACAGCAAAACCACUUACAACCAUAGCCAAUCAACAAUUGUCGGCCUUACAAAAUUAUUGGCAAAAUUUGUCUACAGAAUCCCAAUUUUUUGUUCAAUCUACUCCUAGACCUAAUGCAGUAUCCAGUAAUUUAAAAAAUUCAAACUAUAUAUCUCAAACAAUAAGACCUUUUCUAGCGCCCGGAAAAUCUCCGAAUAACUAUUCUACCCCUUCAAAAGAACCAUUAACUACAACCACAAUAGCACCUAAACGACGACCAAUACCAAAACCUUCACCAGAAAUGAAUGAUUAUUAUUAUGAUGACGAUGAACAGUAUUAUUACGAACCGCCUGUCAAGUCUAAAUAUAUGCCAAGUUCUGAAGUUAGGCCAAAGAGGCCACCAAUGGCUCAAAACUACAGAGAGUAUGAUGACAGUUACAGCUACGAAGAUUUAGAAGAUCGACCGAUAAAACCUAUUCAUUCUUCCAACGCCCCAUCCAUAACAUACAAACCAGAAACUUCAUCUAGAAACCCAAAUGGUUUGUCAGAAGCAACAAAAACUCCCAUAAAAGAAUUUAACAAAAUUGUUGAUGGGAAAAUUGCUAUUCCGGUUUAUGUUGAUUACAGUACACCUGCGCCAACUAUUUUACGUCCAGAAAUAUCUAACUACAAAAUACUACAUCAGCCAACACGUAAUAGAACUAUUCACAUGAGAAAACCUGUAGUUUUAUCUACUAGUGGACCUUUUACGCAGAGACCGCCGAAAUAUUUAAACCAAACUACAUUAAGACCCUAUACUGUAAGACAUAGACUAGCUAAACCCACCACUGCAAACGUGCCUGUCACUAUUGCACCGAAUAAUGGAAAAACAAGACACCAAAAUAUUGUCGCUCAGACGAUGUUUACUACUCUUCGUGAUAACUUCAACCAGGAAACUCGAUAUACUAAAACUAAACAUGACAAUAAGAUGAACAGUUUGGAACCGACGGAAAGUAUAGCACCUGUAUCGUACUCAGCUAGCCCUCGACCGAAAAUGUUAUACAAUGGCUCUCAAAAUUAUAGCCCUGAUCAAUACGAUCCUUAUUACGCUGUGUACGAUGAAGAUGGUGAAUUAUACAAAGACACAGACUAUGUGCAGCAAUAUAAUACGGCUUCGCUCCGACCUGCAGUCCAACAGACGUACCGAGGCACUCCACCUUCGAGAAGACCAGUUGAAACAUAUACCCCGAGGCCCGUGGCUUCUGAUGAUUACGAUGAUGCACUCAUCCAAGGACAGGUCAACAAUCAGAAUCAGUACCAAUCAGGCAUUCGUCAAUCAACAAGGGGCGAAGGUAAUGAAUUGGGUUAUGAUCAUAACCCAAGCAGCGUGAGGACGCCCAUAUAUGAAGCAACUCCUAUAAGCACAACUCCUACUACAACUAGCACAACUACCACCACCACUACUACACAACGCCCAACUACUGCACCGUUCACUGAAGCAAUGACCCCAUCUAGAUAUACCACAAGAUCACCCACCGAUGAAAAUCCUAAACCAGAACCUCACUCCAGUCCAUCUCCUAUAGACGAGUCCGAUUCCGAUUUGCCAAUAUCCUCUACUUUGCCUUCUGUCAUUAACUUCUCCACUCUUGCUAAACCUUUUGAAAGGACUGAUAACAUGUACCGAUUACAAGAGACUUUAUCUUCGACGGAAAGACUUCCAGCUCUCAACUUUUCCUCUCGUGUGACUAAUCUUAGUAAUACAGAUAACAUGGAAGUGGUACCAUCAAAAAGAACUCAAGAGAGUAAAAAAGUAAUAUCACUAACAUCUGGAUUUUCAAUAAGGCGAAACCCUAAUAAUACUAAUAAUCCUUAUACGUUGACAGUCUUAACAAGACCAUUUACAGAAUACGAUAAGUCACGGAGUAGUUUUUCUAGGCCGAGUAUUAGCAAAGACUAUUCUGAAGUUAACGGACGCAAUGUCAAUGUUAAUAAUGAAAGCCGUAAAAAAGUUAUUAUAGCUAGACCUGUAAUUAAUAAAAGCCAUUUUGCCACUACGGAACGUAAAGAUUUUAGUCCAGAAAUUACUGGCAAUGGUGAUGAUAUACCUGUAUAUGUAAAGUCUACAACUAAAUCUUCUUUGGUUCCCGAACUAAGUGAACCACCACCUACAACAUUUGGUGAAACUAAACACUACAUUAAAUCAGCAAUUAAACGACCGUUUUAUGUAAAAAGAGUCAAAAAUCUAGAAUCUACAGAAAGUAUUUUAAAUCCAAAUAUUGAAAUAGAUGCAGCAUUACGAAAUGUUCAUAAUAAAGAAUUAUCCCAACAAUCACAAUACGAAAACAAUGCAGAACACGUUUCUGAUUCGAAACAGGAAGAUGCAGAAACUUGGGAGAAACCACUUAUAUCUCCAUAUAGGACUUUAGACAAUUUAAGAAAGAAUUACGAUAGUGAAGAAAGUAACAAAGAUGGUCACAUUACAAGUACUUCAUCAAUCAAGCCAAUAGAUAUUUCACAUGAUAAACCACGUCAAUCGCAAGGACCAUCAUAUUAUAGUUAUCGUGUUAUCGAUGAAGAUGUGCCAGAUCAAACUACUGAAGUAUUUAGUGGCAAGGUAAAAAAUGUUUUAAAAGCCUUUUUCGAUACAUUUGUUAGUAGCUCUCCAAAAUUGAACGAAGCAUUUCCUUCUACUACAGUUAAAGUUUUUACAAGUCCUGUAGAAAAAGUUGUUAAUAUUGGACAUCAAAAGAAAACACCAAAAUAUACCAAAGACAGUACCUCGCCACGUCCUAAUAUUAAACGUUUACAAGUAAUGACCGAACCGACUAUUACCACUUUUAUUUUAUCGAGUAACGACGCAAAUAGGAAUACUGAUAAAUAUAGAGUAAAUAAUUUUUCAUCAACAACGACUUCAACAACUUCCACUAAUAUUCCGGUUGUUUCACCAACUUCACCGACAAUGAUAGAAAGUUCAACUAAUAAUGCAUUUCGCUUUGAAAAUCUUAAUAGAAACAGAUCUUUAAAAUUUGGUGCUUUUAAUUAUAGGCCCAGUACUGAAAAAUCUCGUAAAUUUUAUAAAAUUGUAAUCGAUGAACCAUCUUCUGAAGUUAAUGAUCAAGUCAAAAUUUUAAAGAAUGAUGACAUUGUUAGCAUUCAACCCCCAAAACCGACUAAAUCGUACGCCGAAAUAUCGACUAAUGAAAUAGCUUCAACUACCAGCACGACUAAAUCGACAGUGACUAUAAAACUUGACGGAUUGACAUCGACAACAAAAAAUGUACCCUUUCCUACGCGUACCUCGCGAGUCAAUCCCGCCAUAAAAUUAGCUGCGACAAACCCUGGAGGUGGACGCAGGAGUUACCAAUCAACGACCAAAUGCUCAUCAGACAACAGUCUGCAAGCGAAUCCGAAAUGCAACGAAAUCAGAUAUCAGAGGCCGACGAUAACCAGGGGUCGUGGUUCUGCCCACUACUCCACUCAGAAUGGAGCAGAUGCGCCCCAGCCAGUACCGAACAGGGGAACACCACCAACUCGUAGCCGUCCUACUUUGAAGCCUUCAACUGCCAUCGUAUCUAAGAGCACAGAAUUUGUGGAUAUUUAUGCAUAUCCACCAAGCAGAUCUGCUCCGGUUUACCCUCAGCCAACUCCAGAUAAAACGGCGGCUAAAUGUAGGAAGGAUGUGUGUCUAUUGCCAGACUGCUAUUGUGGUGGGAAGGAAAUUCCGGGCGAUUUACCGGUGGAGACUGUACCGCAGAUUGUACUACUGACAUUUGAUGACUCUGUGAACGAUUUGAAUAAGGGUCUGUAUACAGACCUGUUUGAAAAAGGUCGCGUGAAUCCUAACGGUUGUCCGAUCACCGCCACAUUUUACGUAUCACAUGAAUGGACAGAUUACAGUCAAGUACAAAACUUAUAUGCUGCCGGACAUGAGAUGGCCUCACAUACAAUUUCUCACAGUUUUGGAGAACAAUUCUCUCAAAAGAAAUGGAACAGAGAAGUUGGUGGUCAAAGAGAAAUUUUAGCAGCAUAUGGCGGUGUCAAACUAGAGGAUGUUAGAGGCAUGAGAGCUCCAUUCCUCUCAGUUGGAGGCAACAAGAUGUUCAAGAUGCUGUACGAUUCGAACUUUACUUAUGAUUCAUCGAUGCCCGUCUACGAAAACAGACCACCUAGUUGGCCAUAUACCCUCGACUAUAAGUUAUUCCAUGACUGUAUGAUUCCACCAUGCCCGACGAAAUCUUAUCCUGGUGUAUGGGAAGUUCCUAUGGUGAUGUGGCAAGAUUUGAAUGGAGGAAGAUGUUCCAUGGGUGAUGCUUGUGCUAAUCCUCCUGAUGCAGAAGGCGUUUACAAAAUGAUUUUAAAGAAUUUUGACCGGCACUACACCACAAACAGAGCUCCAUUUGGUCUUUUCUACCACGCCGCCUGGUUUACUCAACCUCAUCACAAGGAAGGUUUCAUCAUGUUCUUAGACUUCAUCAACCAGAUGCAAGACGUUUGGAUUGUCACGAACUGGCAGGCCCUUCAAUGGGUCCGAGAUCCAACUCCAAUUUCAAGACUCAACAACUUCCAGCCAUUCCAGUGUAAUUACCCAGAUAGACCGAAGAAAUGCAACAACCCUAAAGUGUGUAAUCUAUGGCACAAGUCUGGAGUAAGAUAUAUGAGAACAUGUCAGCCAUGUCCCGAAAUCUACCCAUGGACUGGCAAAACUGGCAUCAGAUCUUCACGCAUCGACAACGACAAUGGAGAAUAAAUAUAAUUAUAAACAACUAUGCAUUAAAUUUUCUGAAAUAUGUUUUGGUGAUAUGGUAAUAAACAAUGACAAGCCUAUGAGGCAACGAUCAUAAAUAUUAAAAAUUAUUUAUCAGACGAAAUUGUUUUGUCACCAACUGAGUGCCAUUUAGAUUUUGAUGGUCACAAAGCAAGAUUUAUUCGUAACAAUUUUUUCAAGUUGUUAUCGAAAAGCAGGUUUUCAUUGUCCAUUGUAUUGGAAACUGUGAUAUUAAGUGUUUUCAAUCGUCUAGUGUGAAGAAUGUGUCAAGAUUUAUUUUGUACUUGCAUAUUUUUAUACUUAACGUUUUGUGCAAUGUUCUUUGCAAUAUUUUUAUAUUUCCUAUUUUUGUGUUCGUAGUAGCAUACGUAUCUAAAUACUCUUAUUAAUAUUUUUUUAUACAGUUAGGUUUAUUUUUACUGUAUCGCGAAGAGAUACCGAAUUAUGGUUUCAGUAUUGUUCAUGUGUUAGUACUGUAUUAUUGUCAGUCUAAAACAGAUUACCAUUUUCAUCAUAAUAUUUAGCGAAAGCCAUAUUAAAAUUUAGAAAAUAACAUUUUCUAAUCUUGCCAGCUUCGCGGUUGACACUGCCUUUUUUAUAUUUGUAAAUAUAGAUUUAUAAUAAGUGUUAGUAUAUAAUUUUAUAUGUGCAAGGUUAAAUAUUUCUUGUAUCAGGGAUUAGAUUUUGUGAGUUAUAUUGAGAUUACUGGAAUGUGACUGGAACAAAUUGGGAUUGAUAUUGUAAUUUGGUAUCGUUAUGUAGACGUCUGUCCACAUCGUUUUCUGUGAUGUAGCACAUGUCUAUAUGACUGUUUUGUUGAACGCUGUCUGAAGAAAGAGGAACAUCUUAAUCGAGUAAAAAAAUUUAUUUCGGUUUGAGCAUCAUGCAUGAUAAAACGAAUGAGUACUUAAAGAAAUAACUACAAGGUUCAUUUUACUAAAAUCUUAACAUAAUAAAGAUAAAAUGCUUUGGUACACUAUUGUUACUGAAGCUAUUGGAAGCGCUUGCUAUGAAUCUAUUUAAACUAAGGUAUAUAUUAUUUAUAAGUCCUAUUACUGUAAAUAUUAGGUUAAUAUUUAAAUUGGUAGUUUCCCUUUUAUAAUCGGACGCGGUUAUUCCAAUCUUGACAAAUCAAUGAUUCUGGACAUGCCUCUUGUUAGCACUGUGUUCCUUUUUAUUCAUGUUGUUAAGUCAAAAUUAUGCCA